AUGGUGCUCUCGCUGCCGGUCCCCAGCUUCUCGAGACCCUCCACGUCGCCCCCACGCCCCGCCGACGGCAGCGUGCCCGCAUCACAAUCCCGCCGUCACCGCGACUCAGCUUCCGCUGCCUCAACCGGCUCCUCAAACCGAACCUCAUGGAAACCGGCCGCUCUGGGUGGUAGCGCCUCGGCUCCGAAUAGCCACUCCAUUACCCUGAGUGAAGCGUUGCGGAACAACCCGUUCGGUAGCCCGUCGCGCUCGUCUCGGUCCACCCAGGCAUCUACAAGUGGAACGCAAGAACAAAAGCAAGAGCAGAAAGAGUUAAACGCGGCUCUUGAGGCGCUUGCCCGGAUUUUUCCGGACGUAAAAAUUGAGGUGUUCCGGGAGUUGCUUAUACGUUUCGAUGGAGAGAGCAGGCUGCACGUAUGCGUCGAGCAGCUGCUCCGACAUAAAAAGGACUGGGUAUCUGGGAGAUGGAAUAUAUCGGAGGGAAGUGGUGGCUCGGAUGACGAGGGGUCGGACGACCGUACUGGUUGUGUUCACGAUGCCCUCACGGAAGGAGAUCUCGUGCCGAUCGAGGAACGGUUCCGCUCCGAUGAGUACAAAGCUGCGGUACAAAUGACGCUGGCAAAGGAAUUUAGUAGCUUAAGCAAGAGCACACUCGAAGGUGUUCUGGCUGAAGUGAAUUUUAGCUACCUGCGAGCGCGACCGAUACUGCGGGACCUUUCACGGCGAACGUGGAGGGCUACAUUCAACAGCAUUUUGCCGUCUUUUAAACGCAAAAAAGACCGCGAAGAGCAUCCGCUUGUCGUGUGGCAGCGUCGCGCAGACGGAGUGCUUGUGCCGAGGCUGAAAGAUACUGGAUGCGUAGAGCUGGAUGGGGAGUUGCAUGCGACGCUCGUGAAUCCAGUGCUGCUGCAAAGACGCGAGGAACAGGAGACUGGCGACUUUCAAUUUGCCUUGGACAUCAACGAGAAAGAAGCCAGAGCGGCCCACGCCUUGUAUGAGUGCGAGUGCUGCUUUGCCGACGUGACCUUUGAGCAGAUUGCGACUUGCUCGGCGAACGUCCAUAUCAUUUGUUACAACUGUAUCCAGCGGACUACCCAUGAAGCCCUUUUUGGUCAAGGAUGGGGUAAGUCUGUGGACCUGGAGCAUUCAACUCUCAAGUGCCUUGCUCCACUGUCAGUUGGCGCCUGCGAGGGCUGUCUUCAUCCACAAAUCGUGCGUCAGGCAAUCCUUUUGGAGACAGCCGGAGCGGAGACGUACCGCAAAUUUGAAGACCGGCUAGCGUCUGAAACAUUGCUGAAAUCGCAACUUAAGCUCAUCCGGUGCCCAUUCUGUUCUUAUGCUGAAGCCGACCCUGUCUAUCACCCUUCAUCCCGGGGAAUAGGCUGGCGAGUGCGACGUGACGGCGGUAUCAUUCCUUCCAUACUGAUGACAGUUCUCUUACUUGACCUUGUCCCACUACUUGUGAUACCUCUUUUGAUUCUUCUCCUCUUCAAUCCCUCCUCUGUAACGGCUAUCCUAACCAACUCCAUCCGCAACCUUUGCCUUAAAAUUCGCCCCAAGAGAUUCAAAUGCUCCAAUCCAACCUGUGCACGAAUCAGCUGUAUGACGUGCCAGAAGGCAUGGCGAGACCCCCAUGUCUGUCAUGAGCCAUUGUUACUCGACUUACGCGCAACUGUCGAGGCUGCCCGUACAUCCGCGGUGAAACGAACCUGCCCUCGCUGCAGCCUCUCUUUCGUUAAAUCAUCAGGCUGUAACAAACUCACCUGUGUAUGCGGAUACUCAAUGUGUUACCUCUGCCGCAAAGCCCUUGGCACUCCCGUUCGGCCACCACAAGGCAAUCGCGACGGCAGACGGCGUCAUAUUGAUAUAGAUCGAAAUGAUCUUCCCGCUGUGGGGUUCGAUGGUGUAUUCGACGAUGAAGACUUGGAAGACGAUGAAUUUGAAGAACAGGAAGGCUAUAAGCAUUUCUGCGAACACUUUCGCAUCAACCCAGGCUCUCGCUGUACUGAAUGCACGAAAUGUGACCUCUACCAGGCCGAAGACGAAGAGGCUGUUGCUCGUCGCGCUGGAGAGAAAGCCGAGCGCGAGUGGAUGAUUCGCCAAGGGAAUGAUUCGAUUUCGACCGGCUCUGCGGCUACACUGGGACUUCGAAGUGUCAACCAAGACCUUUCGGCUGGCGCAGAAGGCAACUCUGCUACCCGUCGUACCUCUGCUUCCUUAUGGGAUCUCCAUCUUAGCGCCGGGAAACCAUGGGGCUACUGGUUUAGCGAUGUCUGGCUGGAUGGAGGGUGGAAGUUGGAAGGACAAGCUCUGGUAGAUUGGAUUGUGGAGCGAGUUGUUGUUAUCGAAAAUCUGUGA